CCUAUAUCUUGCUGAAAAAUUACUUUUAAAUUAGUUUUGUUUUAUUUCAAAUGUGCUACGAUAUUUUCACUAGUGACUAGACAAAAACACUGGAUAAAACUUUGUGUUUUUGCAACGUGUAUAUAAUACUGUCUGACUACAGAGCAUCUACAUUUCUUUUUAUUUGCGUGGGACUUCGUUCCUUGAAGACCGUCCAAGACAUUAGACAACUGUAUUGCAGUCGAAGUAAGGUUAAUGCUGCUGUUUCUACCAUUUCUGCGACUCUUCGACCAAACACUAAUUUAUUUCCCCACUUCUUUCACAUCUUCACCCUCGAUGCCCACAAAUGCGGAGGACUCCCUGCCUUCUCGUAUUUCUUGACGUAAAAGGUCGUUGCCCAAAAAGAAAUCGUCUGAGCAAAAAGAAAAAGAAAAAAAAAAACUCUUGACUUUCCAUCUCUAAAUACCAAAGAAAAAGCAAACCAAAACCUACAAAGAGAAAGUAUCCUCCCACCCGGCGUCAUCUCCUACGUGCAGUCGGCUUAUAACUUCCUUUGUUUUCUUCCUUUAGAAGUCAGCAGUCAGACUCUGAUCACGCGUCAGGAUCCGCCAGACGUCGGAGGCGCAGCAGCGACGCUGAUGAUGAGCUCCUGUUACACAUCUUAGGUCGAGAGGGAAGAGACAAGCGCCACGAUGGAUUACAAAUAUGACACCGGACUGGAACUGCUGUUGGCUCACAUGAACGUAGAGGACAUCAUCAACGCAGCAGAGACGCUCUAUCAGCUCGAGGAAGAGGAGGAAGAAGCGGGCUUGUCGUUUGAUGAAGAGGGGCUUUCCCAGGAGGAGAUGGACGAGAACGAGGAGAUCGGGGACGGAGUGGGUCCCGGGAAGGAGCAGAAGGACUACGCCAACGGACUUGGGGGUGUCCGCUACGGGACGGUGCAAGACAUCCUGUCCUUCGUGAACCUCCUGUCCAACAUGCAGGCUGCGGCUCUGCAGCACCUGCCCGAGGAGAUGGGAGUCCUGCUGAACAAGAAGGACAUGGCUGUAAAGAAAGGCCGCUAUCAGAUCAACCUGGACGUUCUCCUGUUUCCAUGGAAGUUGACCUACAAGAAUCCAGGCUGUGGUCUGGUGCCCAAGGGCUCCUUUGGGAAAGUUCACUUGGCUCAGGAUAUUACGACCAGGAAGAGGAUGGCCUGUAAACUGAUCCCCAUUGAGAACUUCAAAGCAGCCGAUGUGGAGUUCCAGGCCCGAUUCCGCCAUGAGAACAUCGCGGAGCUGUACGGCGCCGUGCUCUGGGACCAGACCGUCCACCUGUUCAUGGAGGCCGGGGAAGGCGGCUCGGUCCUGGAGAAGCUGGACAGCUGCGGGCCCAUGAGGGAGUUCGAGAUCAUCUGGGUGGCCAAGCAGGUCCUGCGCGGGCUGGAGUACCUGCACUCGCACAAAGUCAUCCACCACGACAUCAAACCCAGCAACAUCGUUCUGAUGUCGGACAAGGCCGUGCUGGUGGACUUUGGUCUGACGGUGCAGAUGACAGAGGAUAUGUACACCCCCCGAGACCUCAGAGGAACAGAGAUGUAUAUGAGUCCAGAACUGGUUCUGUGUCGAGGACAUAACACCAAGACGGACAUCUACAGCCUGGGCACCACCAUAAUCCAUAUGCAGACUGCUAGUCCUCCCUGGGUCAGGCGCUACCCGCGCACCGCCUACCCGUCCUACCUUUACAUUAUCCACAAGCAGGCCCCGCCUCUGGAGGACAUACCGGAGGACUGCAGCGCGGCCAUGCGCUCCUUCCUGGGCCGAGCCCUGGAGAGGAACCCCGCCCUGCGGAGCUCCGCGUCCGAGCUGCUGAAGGACGACGCCCUGAACCCCCCCAGGGAGGACCAGCCGCGCUGCUGGAGCCUCGACUCGGCCUUGGAGGAGGCCACCCACUUGUUGCUACGGCAGCCCAGCCAGCACCACGACACCACGCAGGAAUCGUCUCUGUACUCCGAAGACUCUGGCCACUUAAGGAGGAAGGGUUCGCUGUACAUUGACCUGGGGGCUUUGUCAGGGUACGGCAAACUGGUGACAGGGCCGCCUACCUCUGAGUACGGCUAACGUUUUACCUCCAAGAGACUGCUGUUACCAGAAGCCGAGCUGUGGUUACAGCCGGCCGCCCAUCUGCUUUAAACCUUUGAGUCGUAACUCAAAGUGAGCUGCAGGCAGCGUGACUCAUGAGUAAAAUGGAAGAGACAUGGCACCCAGGUUCAGCAGACUCUGUAAAUUAGGUGGAAGCAGAUGUUGUGACAUGUUUUUUUUGUUGUUUUUUUUUUUACACUCGCAGCCUUUAAGCCUCACGUUUAAACCAUAAAGAGAUGUGAAAGGACAGAAGCACAUCGGCUUGAAGUCUCGCAUCUACUAGUGGGUGGAAUUAUCUUUCCAUAGACUGUCAUUAUGCUUCUAUGGGGGAGUUCAGUUGACCGAUGCUGCAACAGUGACUGUUUUUUUUGGGGGGGUUUUUAGCAAGAGUUUCCUAUAUCCUUUACAGCUAAAGUGGGUCAAUAUAUGUUUUAUUUAGAAAUUCUCAUUAAUCCAUUAUUUUUAUGUACUCGUCAGGAACAAUUCUGACUUCCUGAAUUCAUUUUUUUAAGCUCAUGUUGGAAUCCUAUUCCCUUGACCCUUUUUUGGGACUAUUUUAUUCUCCAUCAAAAACACUUUCCUUUGACAGGCUGCUUAGAAUGGGGUUAUUUGUUGUAGGUAGCUCUUUAACGAGGAUCCCGACCAACACAAAAGCUGCGAAGCGGCUUUAAAAACAAAGCAGUUCUUUGAUAGAAGGCAACCGAAAAUGUCUGAAAGACUUUUCCCGAAAAGUCUGGUUUAUACCAAAAGACAACAAGCUGUGUUUCCAUUCCAAAUGUGCACAGAGCUCUGUCAAUAUUCCGCUGAUGUCACAAAAAACGCAAUUUAGCAAUUGCAGUAUUUUGAUUAAAUAAGAAACAUAAUUUGAAAAACAUGCUAAUGAGUUUGCUGAAAACUCCUCCUACCUCUUCCUGUCAUCUUCUUCAUGGUUUCUGCCAGUAGUAACAUCCUGUUGUCGACCAUGUGAUUAUGAUGCACAGAAAAAGGGGUUUCCAUUGUGGUUUUUUGCAAAAUAGACCAAUUUUGAUAUGGCCAAAAUAACAACUAAUCCUAAUUUUUUAUCGGAAAAUGAAUUUUUUCUAAAUUGACGUUUUGAAUUUCUUUUCAAAAGGUCAAGUCUCGCCUUAUUAUGAAUGGAAACGCAGCUACUGAGGCGCGGCCCGAGGCUUUCCUCAGGCAAACAAGCAGUACAGAGACUGCUGAAGAGGCGUUGAGAAAAGCGAAGGGUUAUUUAUUAUUUACUUUUCUUUUAUUGUCUCUGUGGUCGGAACCUCGGCACAGCUUCUCACCGGCUCAACAGACUCACAUCGUCAAGGCACGGACCGUGCAAACCGAAGACGAUCGGCUGUGGUGACGUAACGUCGGCUUUUGCGAGUUAAAGCUCUAGUCUUACGGCGUUUUAAGCUUUCCGCCGGUCGUUUUCGGAGGCUCCGAAAACUGCCUGCAGAAUCGUGACUUCAGCAAGACUCUGCAAUGCAAAAAAAAAAAAA